AUGGCAGUCUCGUCCACGGUCAAGCGGGCAACGCUCCUUGCCGCCGUUCUCAUAACACUCUUCCUCCUCCUACGACGUUCCUCUUUGUCAUCGCCCGAGCCUCCUGCGUUUCAAGCUGCUUCAGGGCAGACGGGACAAGCUUCCAGACCAUACCCUCCUCCAAGAUCUCCAGUUGAACAACAGCAAGACCAACAAGUUGUGCAGGACAUUGCCUCCAAACCCUUGCGGGAAAGACUUCGAUAUCACUUUCCAUACAACCUUGAGGCUAAGUUUCCGGCAUACAUAUGGCAAACAUGGAAGACAAGGCCAGGUUCGGCGAAGUUCGAGGAGCAUUUGAGGCCAGCUGAAGCGUCAUGGUCUGAACUACAUCCCGGAUUCGUACAUGAAGUCAUUACCGAUGAGGCGGCGGUACAUCUCAUCAGCUACCUGUAUGCAUCGGUGCCUGAGGUAGUGCAGGCAUAUGAAGCCAUGCCCCUACCUGUCCUUAAGGCGGACUUCUUCCGAUAUCUGAUUCUCCUCGCUCGCGGAGGUAUCUACAGUGAUAUUGAUACACACGCUCUCCAAUCGGCCACUCACUGGUUACCGCAGACUCUCGACAAGUCUAAAGUUGGCCUCGUUGUCGGCAUUGAGGCCGACCCCGACCGAGAGGACUGGGAUGAAUGGUACGCUCGCCGAAUACAGUUCUGUCAAUGGACCAUCCAGUCAAAACCAGGCCACCCUGUCCUGCGAGAUAUCGUCGCAACCAUCACAGAGGAGACCUUGGAGAUGAAGAAGGCUGGGAAACUGCGCAAAGGCAAAGCCCCGGCGAAGAGCAUCAUGGAAUACACGGGCCCCGGCGCGUGGACGGAUGCCGUCUUUUCCUACUUCAACAAUAAAGAAUACUUUGACUUCCGUACGCGAAAGACUAAUGUUACCUAUUCCGACUUCUUCGGCAUACGGGAGCAUAAACGAAUCGGCGAUGUCGUGGUGCUUCCGAUUACCAGCUUCAGCCCAGGAGUGGGUCAGAUGGGCUCAGAAGGGGUUGAUCAUCCGAUGGCCUUCGUGAAGCAUGAAUUUUUUGGAUCGUGGAAGCCCGAGAACGAGAGAAUGGUAAAGAAGUGA